AUGGUUUCCAUCGCUCUCCAGGUGACCGGCAGCCUCGCUGCCUGGCUGUGUCUGUACGCCUGCUUCUGCGCCUGGAACAGGCACCGGUCCUGCGAGUGGAGCUGUCGCUUGGUGACUCUGCUGCAUGGGGUGGUUGUCACCUGCCUCUCGGGUUACGUCGCGCUCUGGGACGGCCCCUGGCCUCUGACCCAUGCAGGUUCACCAAACACACCUCUUCAGAUCCAUGUGCUCUCCCUGACCUUGGGUUACUUCAUCUUCGACCUGGGCUGGUGCCUGUAUUUCCAGACUGAGGGGGACUUAAUGCUGUUCCAUCACACGCUGAGCAUCUGCGGCAUGAUCAUGGUGCUGUGGCUCGGGAAGUCUGCUACAGAAGUCAAUGCUGUUGUCUUUGUUAGCGAGAUUACCAACCCGCUGCUUCAGGCCCGCUGGUUUCUGCGGGAAAUAGGGUGCUACCACACUUUCAUGGGAGGGGUCGUGGAUUUCUUCUUUGUGCUCCUCUUCCUGGUGCUGAGAAUCGGAGGAGGAGCUUUCAUCAUGUAUGCAAUGGUGACAUCCCCUGAUCCCAGCUGGAUCCUCAAGGCUGGAGGCCUGGCCAUGUACCUCGUAUCUUUGGGAUUCAUGGUUGAAAUCUGCCACUUUGUCAGGAGGAAAAUGUUGAAAAAAUACCGUUCCUGGACAAGCCUAAGGAGUAUGAAUGCACCUGUGAAAACUAAUGGGCACUUGGCAGCUCAUUAA